AUGGCUACAUCUCGGGGACGGGACUUCCAUCAUCCGUACCAGCCCUAUCCGAUUCAAAAUGACUUUAUGAACGCGCUUUAUGACUGCAUUGAAGAGAAGAAAAUAGGCAUAUUUGAGUCGCCAACAGGAACGGGGAAGUCGUUGAGCAUCAUAUGUGGUGCGCUCACGUGGCUUCGCGAGAAUAAACGAAGAAGGUUCGAAGAAUCCAUUGCGACGCUCCCGGGGGAUGAGGACGAGCCAGAGUGGAUUGUCGAACAUGCAAAAGAGCAAAAGCGUCGUGAUGCAAUCGGAGCCAGGGCAGAAUUUGAGCAGAGGUUGCGACGCAUUCGGGAGAGGGAGCGUAAGCAAAAGACGGAGAGUAGGAGGGAAGAGCAUCGUUCCAAGCGACCGAAACUCUCUGACAGCAGAAUUGCUGCUUCCAAAUCCGAAGAUGAUACCCAGUACGAGUUGGCAGACUAUGACAGCGACGAAGCCAGUUCCCGAAUACCGGGUCCUACUAUCUCCCUCUCGGCAGAAACAAGAGCGUUGAUGGAUAAGAUGGGCCUCUCCACAUCCGCAGUCGCAAAAGAUGAGCCAGAGGAAGCAGAAGACGAACUGAAGAUAUACUACUGCUCUCGCACGCACUCGCAACUCUCACAGUUUGCUGAGGAGAUUCAGAAAGUCAAGUUGCCGCCUGGAGUCCCGCUAGAGCCGCUGGACCGCAAGAAUGGAGAAACGGACAUCGAAGACUCGCUGAAAUAUCUCACCUUAGGCUCUCGCAAGAACCUCUGCGUAAACCCGAAAGUCAACCGCUUGAAGGAUGCUACUUCAAUCAAUGAGCGCUGUCUUGAAAUACAGCAGUCGGGGACGCCAGAACAGAGCAGAUGUUCCUUUCUCCCGUCGAAGCAGUCAGAGUAUCUCAUGAACGACUUCAGGGACUAUGCCUUCGCAAAUGUACGGGACAUUGAGAAACUUGCGUCCCUGGGUUCCGAUCUAGGCGUGUGCCCAUACUAUGCAUCAAGAUAUUCCAUCCUACCAUCAGAGGUUGUGAGUUUGCCAUACCCACUCCUUCUUCAAAAGAGCGCACGCGAAGCUCUCAAUAUAAAUCUGAAGGACAAUAUCGUCAUUAUCGACGAAGCGCACAAUCUCAUGGAGGCCAUCAACAGCAUCUACUCUGUAUCGGUGUCUCUCGAGCAAGUCGAACGCUCACGGAAACAGAUCGGUAUCUAUCUUCAGAGAUUCCGGAAUCGUCUGAAGGGCAAGAACCGCGUAUAUGUCACUCAAGUCGUCCGCUUGCUAGACUCGUUGGGUGAAUAUCUCCGGGGCAAGCUUUUCGAGGCUCCUAACGCGGAAGGAAUCGCGUUAUACAACGAGAUCAUGGCAGGCAAGGCAGUCGACCAGAUCAAUCUUUACAAGCUGUCGGUAUAUCUCAACGAAAGCAAGCUAGCCCGGAAGAUUGAUGGAUAUACCGAACACGUCAACCACGAAGAGACAACCCAUUCCACUACAAAGAAGCCUAGCAGAGGCCGAUCAGCUCCGUCACUGAUGUCGAUCCAUAGCUUCUUCAACGCAUUGACAAACCCCUCCCGUGAAGGCCAAUUCUUCUACCAUCGAGGCGACGGCCGGUCGAUAAUGUUGCAAUACCGCCUCCUUGAUCCAACCUUCCAUUUCAAGGAGAUCGUGGAGGAGACCAGGGCCGUGAUUCUCGCCGGCGGGACUAUGUCUCCAAUGGAGGAUUACUUCAAACAUCUAUUCCCCUACGUUGAGCCGACGAGAAUAUCCACGCUCUCCUGCGGGCACGUUAUCCCAGCCUCGAACAUUGCGGCGUGGCCGCUGGUUCAAACAGGAAGUGGGGUCGACUUCGACUUUACAUUCGCGAAAAGGAACUCGGACGCGCAGAUCCAGCAACUGGGUGAAACUCUCAUCUCGGUGGUUUCUAAUGUCCCUGAUGGGACUGUUGUCUUCUUCCCCAGCUACGCUUACCUAGACCUCUGCCUAUCAAAAUGGAAACAGCCUGGCUCGACCGUCUUUAACCGUCUCUCUGCCACGAAAGCCGUGUUUUUCGAAUCCAAGACCCCGACAAAACCAUCCGAGUCCGUCCCCUCGAACAACCCAGACAAAGCGGUCAUCAACGACUCAAUCCUCUCCGCAUACACCCAAGCGAUCAGAACCCCAUCAACACCACACAAAGGCGCCGUUCUGCUCUCCGUCAUCGGCGGCAACUUGUCCGAAGGCAUCAACUUCAGCGACGAACUCGGUCGCUGCGUCGUCGUCGUCGGCCUCCCAUUCCCCAACCCCCACUCCGCCGAAUGGAAAGCGAAGAUGGCUUACAUCUCCUCGAAGGCCGCCGACGGCGCGGAUGGCCAAGCGGCGCAGGACGUGGGGAAGGCGGUGGCGAGGGAGUUCUACGAGAACGCGACGAUGCGCGCGGUGAAUCAGGCGAUCGGGCGGGCGAUUCGGCAUAAGGGGGAUUACGCGACGAUUGUGUUGAUUGAUAAGAGGUAUGGUGCGGAGAGGAUCCGGACGAAGUUGCCGAGUUGGAUUAGGGAGAGUUUGUGCGAAGCGGGGAACACGGGGAAAGUCACGGAGGGAAUUGGGAGGUUCUUUCAGGAAAAAGGGGCGUAGUAAUGCAAUCUAGGAUACCCGAAGGUAGGUCUAUCGUAUUCAAUACAAAGUUGCAGUCCGC